AUGACUCUGGGGACGCUGGUACAUUCCGAAGGUGGAGCAAAAGACUGGGCACGUCCCUAUCUAAGCCCAGUAGAUGAGUCGAAAGAUACCAUCAUCUUCCAGCAGAUCGACGUGGAAGGAACUCUGUUUGGUGGCUCCCCGACUUUUCGAAUGUUCGGUGUCACAGAAGCCGGUCACAGUGUACUCGCCCACAUCACUCACUUCUUACCUUACUUCUAUGUGGCGACACCUAGAGGCUUCACAUCUGAAGACUUGACACCUUUUCGGGAGCACAUAAAUAAUAUCACUGAGCCAGGCGCACUUCUCCUGGUUGAAGUCGUACAGAAGCGCAGUCUAUGGGGCUACCGAGGAGACAACAAGCCUCUCUUCUUAAAGUUGACCGUCAGCAACUCGAAGUUAUUGCCAAAGGUUCGCGGCGCAUUCGAGCGUGGGGAAGUCCGCUUUCGGGAUUUGUUCUCCGCGGAUGGUGUGACUACCUAUGAGUCCAAUAUUGCGUUCACGUUGCGGUUCAUGAUUGAUACCAAGGUUGUGGGCAUGAACUGGAUCGAAGUGCCUGCCGGGAAAUACAAAUUGCGCUCGAAGAAAAUCUCGACUUGCCAAAUCGAAAUCGACCUCCGAUAUGACUCGUUUAUCUCCCAUACACCCGAAGGCGAAUGGUCAAAAAUUGCUCCGCUACGAAUCCUUAGUUUCGACAUUGAGUGUGCUGGGCGAAAGGGAAUAUUUCCCGAACCGGAGAAGGAUCGGGUAAUUCAAAUAGCAAACAUGGUCACACGACAAGGCGAAACCCAGCCGUUCAUCCGGAACGUAUUUACCCUUGAUACGUGUGCGCAUAUUGUUGGGUCGCACGUCAUUCAAUACGCCAGAGAGCCAGAAUUGCUUAUCGGUUGGCGCGAUUUCAUUGAGAAGGUCGAUCCAGACGUAGUCAUCGGAUACAACAUCGCAAAUUUUGAUUUUCCCUAUCUUCUGGAUCGCUCGAGGGCAUUGGGCAUAGAGAAUAAGUUUGCAUAUUUGGGAAGGCUGAACAAUGUCAGGACAAUCACUAAGGAUACCCACUUUUCGUCCAAAGCAUAUGGCCAGAGGGACACCAAAGAGACCCUACUCGAUGGGAGGAUACAGCUUGACGUCCUUCAAUACAUGCAAAGAGAACAGAAACUUCGGAGCUACACUCUUAAUGCUGUCUGUGCACAUUUCCUGGGUGAACAAAAGGAAGACGUCCACCACAGCGUCAUUACGGAGUUACAGAAUGGCAACGCGGAUUCUCGAAGGCGACUGGCCGUGUAUUGUUUAAAGGAUGCCUAUUUGCCGCAGAGACUGAUGGACAAAUUGCUGUGCCUAGUCAAUUACACUGAAAUGGCUCGAGUGACAGGAGUUCCAUUUAAUUAUUUGUUGUCUAAGGGCCAACAAAUCAAGGUCAUUUCACAGCUGUAUCGCAAGGCCAACUCGGAUGACUAUCUUGUGCCGUCAAUGAAAGGAGAGGGCACGGACGAUCAAUACGAGGGUGCGACAGUCAUCGAACCUUUGAAGGGAUACUAUGAUGUCCCGAUUGCAACCCUCGAUUUCAGCUCUCUGUACCCCUCCAUCAUGAUGGCCCAUAACUUAUGCUAUACUACGUUAAUCGACAUGGACACGAUUAAACGACUAGAACUUGUCAAGGAUGUGGAUUAUGUGCAAACUCCAAAUAAUGACUUCUUUGUAACAACACAACGCCGAAAGGGAUUACUCCCAACCGUUCUGGAAGAUUUGUUGACGGCCCGGAAACGCGCCAAGGCUGAUUUGAAGAAAGAGACGGAUCCUUUCAGACGAGCCGUUCUAGAUGGCAGGCAGCUCGCCUUGAAGAUCAGCGCAAACUCCGUCUACGGAUUCACUGGAGCCACGAUUGGGAGGCUUCCUUGCCUUGCCAUUUCUUCCUCUGUCACGGCGUACGGGCGAGAGAUGAUUGAAAAGACAAAGCAAGUUGUCGAGGCCGAAUAUAGCGUGGAUAAAGGCCGCGAGCAUGAUGCAGAGGUCAUUUAUGGCGACACAGAUUCCGUUAUGGUCAAAUUUGGACCCAAAGAUCUAGAGAAGGUCAUGGCUUUAGGAGCUGAGGCGGCGGAACUUGUCACAUCCAAAUUCAUUAAACCCAUCAAACUCGAAUUCGAGAAGGUAUACUUUCCAUAUCUACUUAUCAGCAAGAAGCGAUAUGCUGGCCUCUACUGGACAAAGGCUACUGCAUUUGACAAAAUGGACACAAAGGGAAUCGAGACCGUCAGACGAGAUAACUGCCGGCUCGUCCAGACCGUGAUCGAAACAUGUCUGCAAAAGUUGUUGAUCGGUCGAGAUGUUGACGGGGCUACCCAGUACGUGAAGCAGACAAUCUCGGACCUUUUGCAGAACAAAGUGGAUAUGUCACAAUUGGUCAUCACAAAAGCGCUUUCCAAGACAGAUUAUGCUGGAAAGCAAGCGCACGUCGAAUUGGCCGAGAGAAUGAAGCAGCGAGACGCUGGUGCGGCGGCUUACGAAAAAUCCGAAGACCCGCUCUAUGUUCUGGAAAACAAUAUCCCUAUCGACACAAAAUACUACCUAGAAAACCAGCUUUCCAAGCCACUCCUGCGUAUAUUCGAACCCAUCAUGGGAGAAACAAAUGCUAAUUCAUUAUUAUCUGGCGAUCACACUCGCACUAUUCAAAUUGCCACGCCUACGGUGGGCGGUCUAAUGAAAUUCGCUGUGAAAACGGUUACAUGUCUGGGGUGUAAAACUCCCUUGACCCCAAAAAAUAGUGUCGCACAAGGUGCUGCAGUUUGCAACAAUUGUCGACCGAGGCUUGGCGAAUUAUACCAGAAACAGUUGGCACAAGCCUCGUCAACACAAGUGGCCUUUGCGCGCUUAUGGACUCAAUGUCAGCGGUGUCAAGGGUCUCUGCAUCAGGAUGUUCUGUGUACGAGCAAAGAUUGUCCGAUCUUCUACAUGCGGAAAAAGGCCCAGAAAGAUGCUGCCGAGUCCGCAACCAUCUUGGAACGGUUUGAUAACGAGACUUGGUGA